GUCGGGGGUGUUGGAAUUGGGAAGACAAGAAUCACCAUGGAUAUAAAGGAUAGCUCACCCUGUGGUACGAAGUUACACAAUCAUCUAGUAAUCCACUCAAUACCAUUCCAUCUUGCCUCGUCUCCGAGUCCAACCUCUUUCCCGUUCCACUGUUCCAGUGUUCUUCAGAUAACAUUCCUUUCUCAAGGUCUUGGUUCUCUUCUUGCCGUCCGCAGUUGUUCGGAAUUGCACUUCAGCAUUUUAUGGUAUCGCAGACACAAAUCCAUUGAGUCUUAUAUCAUAACCCUUCGAUAUCACUACACCGUAUCCUCUUCCAACGACCUCAAGCCAGUCCCACCGCGACUGAGCACUCCUUCACCAUGCACAUCCCAACCGCCACCGCCCUCCUCUCCCUCCUCUCCCUCACUACCGCCUUCCCCGCCCGCCCCUCCACCCCUGACCUCUCCCGCCUCGCCCUCCCCCCCUCCGCCCUCCUCCCCCCCGACUCCUCCCUCGCUCUCAAAUACGUCACCCUCGGCGUCGGCACCCAAAACUACACCUGCAGCCCCUCCGCCACCGCUCCCACCCCCUUCGGCGCCGUUGCCGACCUCUACGACGUCUCCCCCCUCUUCACCUCCUUCAUCGGCCCCGCCGCCACCAAGUGGCUCCCAGGUCUCGCCCUCAGCUUCGCCACGACCGGGCGCCUGCACGACCUCCCUAGCGCCGUUGGCAGUGCGGUGACGCCGAUCGGCCGGCAUUUCUUCGACGGGACGCCCGGGGUGGCGGCGACGGUGCCGAUUUUCGAUCUGAGCGGGGCGGCGGUACCGGUGCGCGCGGUGGUGAAGAAGGGGGGGAACGUGCCGGCGCCGGAGGGGGCGUGUCCCGGGCCGGAGGAUCGGGGGGCGGUGGAUUGGUUAAGGUUGGUGGGGGAUUGGGAGACGGGGAAUGAUGGGCGGGUGAGCGUGGUGUAUCGGGUGGAGACGGCCGGGGGGGUGGCGCCAGAGACGUGUGAGGGGAUUGGGGCGGAGGGGGUGCAGGUGCAAUAUGCGACGGAGUACUGGUUCUACGGACCGAAAUAAGGAAUGCAUAAGGGAAUCGGCGUUCGGGUCUGUUUCGGUAGACAUGGGUCGGGCAGAGCGUGGAAUGAUACCACGAUUUCGGUGUAUAGGACUAAGGAUUGGUCAUAGCAUGUCGGCUGUUUGCUUGUUUCGGUUUCAUUCGGCAGAUAUUUUGCCGGAGACCUAAUGCCAUUGUUCUUGUACAUGAAUCUGAAAGACUCAUAAAGUGGCAACUUGCAAUUUCUUGAUCCUGGAUUCCAGCUGAGCACUUUGUGCUCAACGCCGCUGAUCACAUCGAUCUCCAACAAUAGAGGGCAAUGUUUGUCGGUACUUCGCGG